ACACACUCACCUUUGCUUACUUCUCAAACCGGUCUGUAUAUACCAGCUUUGCGUUUUACAUAAGAAAAGAAAGUAUGGCAACUACGAGCAAGCAAUACAAGGCCAUCGGCGAGGACCUCUGGAAAGGUCGUACCGAGAAGAUCAAUGCGGAAUUAUUCGCCAUGACAUACGGUGCACUCGUCGUACAACUGAUCCAAGAUUAUGAGGAUUAUGGCGAAGUGAACAAACAGCUCGAGAAGAUGGGGUAUAACAUCGGCACACGUCUGAUAGAGGACUUCCUUGCACGCAGUAACCUCGGACGGUGUGCGGAUUUUAGGGAGACGGGUGAGGUAGUGUCUAAGGUCGGCUUCAAGUCGUUCUUAAAUAUCACACCAACAGUAACACACGGUGCACCUCCACCGGCGCCAGCAACGAAAGCCGGGUCGACACCACAGCCAAACGCUUCUUCUCCUGGGACGUUCUUCACGUUAACUUUCGACGAGAACCCACUUGCGGAGUUUGUUGAGCUUCCUGAAGAGGCGCUCCAUGGUGGAUUAUGGUAUAGCAACGUUCUGUGUGGUGUUAUACGUGGGGCUUUGGAGAUGAUCCAGAUGCAAGUGGAAGCGACGUUCGUGAGCGACGUAUUACGAGGGGACGAAUCCACUGAGAUGCGGGUAAAGCUCGUAAAAUACCUAGAGGAAGAACUUCCUGCUGGCGAGGAUUAGGAUCCUGAGCUACCAUCUUCCAUGUAUACCAAACCUAACUCCCGCAUUAUACAAUAUAUUUCAGAUAGACAUGUAUUAUAGACUCUUUCGCCUUCAUGGGCAUCAGUUGUCUGUCUUUUCAUCGGAUAGGCUGGGAAAAUGCUUCAGGUAUACCUGGCCCAGCAGCUGG